AAGUCUUUUUGCGUCUUUGAAACGACCCAAAGGAUAAUACCACCAAAAAUGUUUAUACUUUAAAUGUGUAGUUUUAAAACACUUUUAACUAUUGAGGCUCAAAGUCUUGAUCCUAAAAAUAGCCCUGUCCCCAUCUAAAGGCCUGCCGCUACCACGGCCAGGCCGCACCGCUCACCUUUCUGUUUGCCCUAAGAAAGUUAAAGAUGUCCCAGUGUGUCAUCUGAGUCACCUCAUUAGCAUGUGUGACAUCACGGCCCGGAAUAAAUAAGAGCGUGCUCGAGCCAAGGAUCAGGACCACUCUGUCUCGGGACUUUGGCCUCUUUUGUUCUUCCCUCUCCUGCAUCUCCAACUCUCCAAAAUGACUGAGUUUACAGCGGAUCAAAUUGAGGACUUCAAGGAGGCCUUCGGUCUCUUUGACAGAAUUGGUGACAACCAGGUGGCCUACAACCAGGUGGCCGACAUUAUGCGCGCCCUGGGCCAGAACCCCACUAACAAGGACGUCGUCAAUAUCCUGGGCCACCCCACCGCAGAUGACAUGGCCAACAAGAGGCUCAACUUUGAAACCUUCCUGCCCAUGCUGAAACAGGUGGAUGCUCUGCCCAAGGGAACCUACGACGACUACGUUGAGGGUCUGCGCGUCUUCGACAAAGAGGGCAACGGCACUGUCAUGGGUGCUGAGCUGCGCAUUGUGCUAUCCACCCUGGGAGAGAAGAUGAGCGAGCCCGAGAUUGAUGCCCUCAUGACCGGCCAGGAGGAUGAGAACGGCAGUGUGCACUAUGAAGCUUUUGUCAAGCACAUCAUGUCCGUGUAAGCAGCCCGCAGCAGGAGCGUGUUCAGGACAUCGGACACUGUUUGGAAGAACAACAAGAAAAGACAUGGACUUUGUUCAAGGGAUGUUGAAACGAGCCCGACUUGUUUAUUUUCUUUUCCUUUCGGUUUCAACCCUCCUUCCUCGGGACAUCCACUUUCCAUUGUAGACCACGUCACUCACCUACUACCGGGGGCGUGUCUCCACUCGCCACAUGAGGUGAGGAAACGGGGGAGUAGGGGUGACCGCUCAUCAAGUGAGGGCCGAUCCCUCCCUUCCCACCGCCACCUCAUUCAGUCGAGCCAUCACUGGCCCAGCAGCGCCAAAGGUCCUGGAGAAUGGCAGUGGACUGACCGCCAAACACUCCCACCUCCCUGAAGACUGUUGUUUAUAUUCACUCUGUUCACUGCAGAAUAAACUUUUCCAAAGUACAUCCCAGCUCAGUCUGUUUUUGAUCUUUCAUUCAGACACUUACAGCAACAAAUAAGCUGCAAAAUCUGG